ACGAGGAGAUGUGCAAGCCUCGCUCGCACCACCUCCACCACCAUCGCCACCCCCACCACCCGUCCCUCCGCCACGCCGACGACCUGCCCGCUAGACUUCCGCCAAGCCGACCAGAAGACCAUCACAUCGAGCUGGAACCAGGCGCCCAACCGAUGGUACAGCGACAAUUCCAGCUCAGCCAACCAGAACUGGAAGAAGUACAGCAGCAGCUGGAUUACCUUCUGACAAAGGGAUUUAUCCGGCCCAGCACGUCCCCAUACGCCGCCCCGAUACUGUUCACACCAAAAAGGGAUGGAGGAUUCCGCAGGUGCAGAGAGUACCGCGCGCUCAACAGGAUUACAAUCAAGUCGCGUUACCCGAUCCCGCGAGUCGACGAACUACUCGACCAACUUUGUGGAGCCAAGUUCUUCUCGAAAAACGACUUGCGAGGGGGUUACCAUGAAAUUCGCGUCGCCGCCGAAGACUGUCACAAAACCGCCUUUCGCACCCGCUACGAUAGCUACAAAUACUUGGUGAUGCCUUUUGGCCUCCCGAACGUGCCCUCGACCUUCCAAAAGACCAUGAACGGCAUUUUCAGGGAACUCUUUGAUAAAUGCGUUAUCAUCUACCUCGACGAUAUACUAAUCUACAACCGCAGCAGGGGGCAGCACUUACAGGAUCUUGAUGCAUUCUUCACACUGCUGCACAAGAAUCACCUCAUCACGAAAGGGUCUAAGUGCGAAUUUCUUAAGCAGGAGUUGGAGUUUUUGGGCCACGUCGUUUCUACCGAAGGAGUGAAAAUCGACCCCAAGAAAAUCAAGACCAUACAGGAGUGGAAGCCGCCAACCAACAUAAAGGAGCGGCAGAGGUUUUUGGGUUUUGUCAACUACGUCCGCCGAUUUAUACAUAAUAUGGUUGGGUUAUCUGCCCCGCUAACUGACCGACUCAAGGAUCACAACUGUUUUUGCCGCCAUACUACGCGAUACUUCCCGCAUCUGGGUACCCGGCUACGAUUUACUUCGUACCCUGCUAGUAUAGAAAUCCCACGACAACCCUCCCUCCGGGCAUUUCGGAGUCGACAAAACUACGAAGAUGUUACAGCGCAACUAUUAUUGGCCGAACAUGGCCGACGACAUGCGCAAGUACGUGUCCUCCUGCACCGCCUUCCAGAUCAUGAAAUCCUCCCAUCAGCGAGCAGCCGGACUACUACAGCCGUUGGAUCCGCCCGAGCGACCCUGGCAACACAUCACAAUGGACUACGUGAUAGGACUGCCAGCCGGUCCCAGCGGAAACGACGCCAUCCUCGUGGUCGUUGACUGACUCACAAAAAUGGCGCAC